AUGGUACUUUCUCAUAAUGAAAUUAGUUUGUGUCAUUCCACAGUAAAAAAUAAUAAUAAUAAUAAUAAUAAUAAUAAUAAUAAUAAUAAUAAUAAUAAUAAUAAUAAUAAUAAUAAAAAUAAUAAUAUGUACUAUUUUUAG